GAAAGUUGGCGGCUCGGCAGAGAAACGAAACUUGUCCGGGCGGGACUGGGCGGGAAGAGCGGGCGCUGCAGGUGCCCGUGCCCGGUCACUCGAGAGAAGAGAGGUGCAGGUCUCUCCAGUCCCUGAUGCAGAGCAAGAGGUGAAGGGAGAAGGUGCUGCUGGACCUCCUUCCACCAAAACCACCUGAAACAAAGGAGACAGAGGGCGAGGCACUGAUGGACAGAGCAAGAGCCCUGUCCAACACCACACCUGACACUGCAGGUGGAUCUCCCAGCUCUGCUGUGACACAGAAGGAGGAAGAGGGAUCCUCACUGAUGGAGGAUGUCACAGCUCCAGAGAACCACGCAGAGCCCUCGGCUCAGUGUGGGGCUGGUGACUCUGCUGAGGUGGCUUCUCCGCUGAGGAAGAAAAGGAAGAAGACUACAGCAAAGAAGUCCAUCUCUGGGGAAGAGGACUCUCUGCCUCCUCAAAGCACAGCACCAGCUCAGACCACAGAGUUGCCUGACACAGGUGUUACUCCUCAAGAAAUCCAACCCCCCGGAGGUGAGGGAGCAAGCCCAGGUGCUGAUGGACAUGCUGAUGCCAGUGGAGACACACCUGGAGGCGACAGGGAUUUGGCACACCCGGGGAAGGAAGCUGGCAGCCUGCAAGCAGAGAGGCCGAGCCCUGCAGAGCAGAGCAGCACAGCCAGGGAGGCUGCCCCAGCUCCCAGCACCGCAGCCCCUGGGGAAAAGGUGGGGGAUGGAACAACGCCAGAACACGGAGGAGCAGCCAGGGGUGAUGAGGAACGGGGCAGUGGUGCCCCUGGCCAGCUGUCAGCAGCCACAGCAGGUUCUCAGGCCCGGGCCAGCAGCAAGGAGCGGCUGUCAGCAGGGCAGGGAGCGAGUCCCUCUGCUGGGGGAGCAGUCCCUGGCAGUCCCAGGCUGCCUCCUGCCAAGGGAGCCCCCCAAAGCAAGCCUGAGACCAAGACCUCCCCUGGGGCUCAGAGCCUGCAGGCUGGGAAGGAGCCCAAGCAGAAAGGGGCCAGUUCCACUGUCAAGAAUGCAAACACAAAAGAGAAAAAUCAGACCCCAAGUGAGAAGAUGCCCAGUGUGAGUGAGAAGACAAGUCCAAGCCAAGGAGUUAGGGCUGCCAGGAAGGAGGAUGCUGUGGCUGCAGCAGACAGCCCCAAGAACAAAAAGGAACCAAGGAACCAGAAAUCUGUGGAAAAUAUUAAAGAAAGUUCUGUGAGCCGCAAUGAGGGUGUUACAGUGUAUUUCCAUGCAAUAUUAUCCAAAGACUUCAAGCUUGACCCCGAUACCCACAAAGUGUUCAUCAGGGCUCAGGGCAUUCCUUCCUAUGCCGACUGGAAGGACAACAUCUGUGAGCUGAACUGCACCCGGCAUCUGGAGGAACAUGGAUACCUCAUUGAAGGUGCUGUAACUCUCAGCAGAGAAAUCCUGGAUGAAUACAUUCCUUACAAGUACUGGGUGUUCUGUGGGAAGGGGGAGUACGAAUUCAUUUACAAGAAAUCAGAAUCCAAUCACCACGUGAAUCGCUGCUUAUUGAUAAACAGGAGACUUCUCAACAAUGGAGAGUGGCACCAGUACGAUGACAUCGUGUGUGUAAAGCCUUCCAAGUUCAGAAACUUCCGGCAGAUCUUUACUUUUGAUAAAAACAAGGAAGUGGUGGAAGGGAAGAAAAUAGCUGCCAAUAUUAUGUUAGAAAGUAUCUUCAGCAUUCUUGGAACCUGGAGUCCUGACAAUCUGAGGAAUUUCUUCUGCCAGCUGAAGCAGUUCUAUUAUGUUGCAGUAGCCCAGCGGGUGUUUGAAGGCAGGCCAAUGCCAUGGAUAGAGUUAAAUUUUGGCACAGAGCAGGUGAAUGAUUUGCUGCUAAAAUACAUGAAGAAAAUAGCUCUCCCUUUCCUUGCACCAGAAGCAGCUCCAGAAGACAGAAUCAUCCAAAGCAAACUGGCUCUGGGGCUCACCAUUCUUGUGGUAGUUGAGAACCAUUCACUCGUAGUACCUAAAAGUGACCUGGCUGAACUGUGCAGCCUCUUGUGCUUGGAUCAGGUGUCACCACAAGAUCUCCAGGAUGAGAUUCAUCACAUCAAACUGGCUUUUGCAGGAGUUACCAACUUGAAGGUCGACCUGACAAACUUGUGCCAGUGGUGCAUUGAACGUGACAUAGACCAGUGGGUGUGGGUCCUUCCCCUCCUGCAUUCCUUUGCUGCUCCCCUGCAGCAGCAGCAUGGGCUGGUGGAGGAGGAUGCCUGGGCAGGGCUGGAAGGGCUUCCAUUUGCUGAAAUCAGGAGGAAGCGAGAUGCAGGCACCCUGCUGGAACGAAUGAGAGAAAAGAAGCACUUGAUGGAAUUUGAUGGGACUCUGGUCAAGUCCUGGCUCUGUGUGCUGCCCCUGGGGAGCCUGGCUGAGUUCAUAAGAGACUUCUCCAGUGACCUGUUAGUUACUCUUCAAGGUGUUCUGUACAGGUUGGAGAAUGUUGACCUCUCGUGGAGAAGCUCUCAGUCUCAGGUAGAGAAGAUUCUAAACACAGUGCUGCAGGCCUUGGAUGAGCUCCCAGCCAGAGCUCUGGGGGCUCCUUCUUGGCGGUGCUGCUUGUCCUGCUGCCUCAGGCUGCACGAGAGGCUCUGCAAGGCUACCAGGACAGUGGGGUUGUUCCUGAUCCCUGCCACUGCUGCCACCCUGAUUGCCAAGGUUGCCCAGCUUCAGCCCCCAGCAGUUCCAGGGGAUGCUGUGCAGGAACUUCCAGAAUUGCUCCGUGGAGCUCUGAGGGAAGCUCGAACCUGGUUCAGAAAUGUUUUAAAAGAGAAAUUACUGAAGGAGUACCCGGACCACGUGGCCUUCUCUUUGUUUGAACUUCGGGCCUGGAAUAAGUUUGUGACUAUCAGCUUUCCAGAUGAGCGGUUCACCCAGAUGUGGAAGAACACUUUACUUGCAGAUCUGAAGAAAAGAAUCCAGCAGGUUCUGGAGGCUCAAGAAUUGGCCAUGACAAUGUCCCACACUGUAACCUUGGUCAGAGGCCUGGCUCUAGGUGCUGGUGCUUUAGAGGAAAUCCACAUUGUGAACAAUUGUCACCUCUGUGGUUUUAAGAACCAGAGAGUGCAAAGAACAAACAGAAACCUGCUGGACAAGCUCACAGAUGAAGCAAAGGAUGUUAUGGCCAUAGCAGAUUCUGUGCUUACGAGUGUCACUGACAACAUCCACAGCGGCUGCAUCCUCGUGAAACACCUGGAGGAGGUUUUCCAGCACAAGGAGCACUUCCUCUGCAUUUGGGAGACAAAGCACCAGCAACGAUCAAGUGAGGAAAAGGAACUGCUCCAGAGAAGCCUGAAAGAACUGCUGGCAUUGAGGCAUGAAGAAGUUGCACAGCUCAGAAGAGAGGAAAAAGCAGUGGGAACCUUCCUGAGCAUGUGCAGGAAGGUGCAGAAGUCUGUGAGAGUGAAUGUAGGUGAAGUGGAAUUUCAACACUCAAAAGAUCUUGGCUCAAAAAGACUGAAUCAAGUGGUGGUAGUGGGAAGGAAGCCCCUGCAAAUCUUCUACAGCCUGAGCCCAGAGCUGAAAGAGUUUGUCCACAGAAUGCACUCCUUUAAGGACAGCGUGAUAUUCCAGCAGUUCUGGGAGGAAGCAGCACAGAAGGCAGGAGAGGAGUAUGUGUGUGACAGUCCAGAGGAGGAUGAGGAUGAGGAGGACGAGGAGGAGAUUGCUCCAGAGCUGGACCUUGAUGAUGCUUUGAACAGCGUGAUCCGCCCUUGCUUUGACAGCUAUACAAUGCUGUAUGAUGAUCUCAGAUCAGGAAAUCUCACACUUUCUGCAGUGGAUAGAAUUUUCCAGGAGUUCACAAAUCAUCCUGAAGAUCUCGGGGUGGAGCUGAACACCAUCUGUGGGCUUUGGCCUGCAGAGGACAGAGGCUGGGUUGACCAGCGAGUCCAGCAGAUCCAGCAGUACCAUGAAAUGCAUUUAACCUUUGAUGCUGCCAAGAUCAUUGCCCAUGUCAAAGAGAGUUUAGGCCUCUCUGGUGACUUCAGUAUCUUGGAAAACUUGUUGCACAUAACAGAAAAGCUUGAAUCCUACAAGACCCAAAAGCUGGAUUCCAUCAGCCCUGAGCUCGUGCAAGCCAAGAAGCUGCUGCAGGGGAUCACUGUGCCCCGCCGAGGCUGUCUGAAGGAGCUGGCCCAGCAGAAGGAGUUUGUCUGCUGGGUCAGAGAAGCACUGAAAGACAUAAACGAGCUGAAGGUGUUUGUUGACCUGGCCUCCAUCUCGGCGGGGGAGAACGACAUGGACGUGGACCGUGUGGCCUGUUUCCAUGGCACUGUGCACGGCUACUCCUCCCUGCUCUACGAGCUCCGCCAGGACUCGGGCUUCGAGGACUUCAUGCGCUGCUUGCAGAAGCUGUGGCGAGCCCUGGACAGCGAUGAGACCCUCCCUGAGAAACUGCGUGCCUCGGCUCAGCACCUGGAGUGGCUGAAGACAGUGAAGGAGAGCCAUGGCUCUGUGGAGCUGUCCUCGCUGUCCCUGGCAGCUGCCAUCAACAGCAGAGGGGUCUAUGUGCUGAGGGCACCAGCUGAUGGCCAAAAGGUCUCCUUGGACAGUGUCCUGCGCUUCACCCUCCCGGGGAGCUCGGGGGACACCGAGGCCUCCUGGAAGUACUCGCUGGCAGAGCUCCGUGAGCUGCAGAACAAACUGAUGCUCAUGUCAGCCAAGGGAGAGCAAGGCCUGGAGGUGGAGAGGUUCUCUGAGGUCUUUUCCAAUGUCCAGAGGCUUGCCCAGGCCUUUAUAGACCUGUACUCAGCUGGGAACAUGCUUUUCCGCUCCUGGCUCGCCCAGGUGUAUUGUUCACCCCACAAAGAAUCCUGUGUUUUUAUAGACUUCUCCCUGGGCCCCAUCCCAGUGCUGGAAGGGCAAGGGGAUAUGGCAGCUGUGCUCCCAGCCCUCUGCAAGACCAUGGAGAGCUUCCUGGAGAGCUGGAAGAGCUUCAUGAAUGCCAAGCGAUGUGAGCAUUUCUACCUGAACUACUACAGCGCGGAGCAGCUGGUGUACCUGUGCUCAGAGCUGGGCCGGGGCAGCCCCAGCCAGGCUGCCCUCAUGAUGCUCUCCUUCCUCAACCCCCACUGCACUGAGCAGGACGUCCUCACAGCCCUUGGGAGCCAGGGGCCUCCCAGCUCAGGCCAGGCUGUUUCUGACUUCCAAGUGCUGCUGGAUGGGGAGAGGGACCUGAGCGCCCGGCUGAAGUGUAUCUGGGAGUGCUACAUGAGCAACAUGGGCUCCUUCCUCCCCAACUGCCUGGACAUGGACACACUGGGCGUGUGGCUGAAGAACCUGGCCAGCAGUGGCAAGGAAUGUGUCACCAGAGACUUCCCUCAGGACCUGCUCUGCGUGGGCCAGCCCAACCUCAUCACCUGCCCUCGCUCCGAGGUGCUCAGCUCUGCCCUGGCCAUUUACAUGAACAGCCCCGAGCAGCCCCUUCCCACCUUCGAUGAGGUGCUGCUGUGCACGCCCCAGACCAGCGCAGAGCAGGUGGGGCUGUUCCUGCGCCGGUGCCUCAUUCCCUGCCAGGGGGGGAGCAAGAUCUACACCAUGCUCUACGCGGAUGAGCUGAGCUACGACGUCAGCUGCAGGGCAGAGGAGCUGUUCCAGCACCUGAAGUGCUACAACAGCUCCUACAGGCUCAUCAUCCUGUGCAGCUGCGAGCGGGACACCAGCUACCUGCUCUCUGCCUUCAGCCACUACAAGGUGCACAUGAUUCCCCAGAGGUCACAGGCAGAGAUCCAGCAGUACCUGCAGCACCACUUCCGAGUGGCUCAGCCCUCCAACUCGGCUGCAGCCGUGUUCAAGGAGCACAUGUGUGUUGGGAUUGUGUCCUCCAAAAGAGCUGGCAUGGGGAAAUCUCUGUAUGUGAAGAGGCUGCAUGAGAGACUGCAAGAAGAGCAGCCUGACUGCACAGAACUUCUGAAAACCAUCAGACUGAUUGAACCAGAAGUGGAUGAAGAUAAAGUGCUAAAAUCUCUCCUGCCUUUUCUGAAGAGAGAACACCAGACAAAGCCCAUGAUAUUCCAUUUUGAUAUCACCUCCUCAGUGCAGCGUGGAAUUCCAGAGUUUCUCUUCAAGCUGUUGGUUUUGCAGUACCUGACAGAUAAUAAUGGCAACAUGUGGCUACGGCAGAAGUGUCAUCUGUACAUCAUUGAAAUCCUGGAGGUGUCCCCAGUGCCAAAGACAGCAGCCAGACCUAUGUCAGUGAGCCAGAAGUAUCACUUCUUGGAUGUGUUCCCUAAAAUAACGUGCAAGUCUCCCAAAGAAGUGCUAGAAAUGGAGACACUUGGGAACAGUUCUGGGGAUGUGGGAAUGGACAAGGAGGAAUUUUGCAGUGAGGCUUUCCAGAGACCCUUCCAGUACCUGAAGAGGUUUGACCGGGGCUGUGACCUGGACACGUUCUGGUACGAGGCGCUCUCGGUGGAAGGCAGCCCUGCAGAAUGCCUGCAGCUCUUCCUCCUGCACUGCGGGGUCAUGGAUCCCUCCUGGGCAGAGCUCCGCAACUUCACCUGGUUCCUCAACAUUCAGCUGAGAGACUGCGAAGCCUCUGUCUUCUGCAACCCUGACUUUGUCCAAGACACUUUGAAUGGCUUCAAGAACUUUGUGGUUGGCUUCAUGAUUUUAAUGGCGCGGGAUUUUGCGACGCCCUCCCUGAGCAUUUCCGACCAGAGUUCAGGAAGACGAUCCUCCCACCUGGAGAACGUCGCCGAGGAAGAUCUGCUUCCUUUCCGCAUCAGGAAGAAGUGGGAGUCAGAGCCUCAUCCCUACCUGUUUUUCAAUGAGGAUCGUGUGUCCAUGACAUUCAUUGGUUUCCACUUCCAGCAGAACGGGAAUCGCAUUGAUGCCAUCAAUCCUCUGAACGGGAAUGUCAUCAAGAAGGACAUCAUGACUGCCCAGCUCUACCGGGGCUUGUUACUGCAGAGGGUUCCCUUCAACGUGCCCUUCGAUCAGCUGCCCCGCGAGGAGAAGCUCGAGAGGCUCUGCAUGGUGCUGGGGCUCCCCUGGGUGUUUGACCCCGAUGAGACAUACGAGCUCACCACAGACAACAUGCUGAAAAUCUUGGCCAUCGAGAUGCGAUUCCGCUGCAACAUCCCAGUGGUCAUCAUGGGAGAAACAGGCUGUGGGAAAACCAGGCUGGUGAAGUUCCUGUGCCAGUUACGCAGAAGCUUUGUCGAGGUGGAGAACAUGAAGCUUGUCAAGGUUCAUGGAGGUACCACUGCAGAGAUGAUCUAUGCCAGGAUCAGGGAAGCAGAAGCCCUGGCUAAAUCCAACAAGGAGCAGCAUGGGUUGGACACUGUUCUGUUUUUUGACGAAGCCAACACGACAGAGGCUGUGAGCAGCAUCAAGGAGGUUCUGUGUGACCGCACGGUGCAGGGGCAGCCUUUGGCGUCUGGCUCUGGCCUGAGGAUCAUCGCAGCCUGCAAUCCCUACCGGAAGCACACAGACAGGAUGAUCCAACGCCUGGAGCUGGCUGGGCUGGGCUACCGGGUGAAGGCCGACGACACCCGGGAGAAGCUGGGAUCCAUCCCGCUGAGGCAGCUCGUGUACCGCGUGCACGCGCUCCCGCCCAGCAUGAUCCCCCUGGUGUGGGACUUCGGGCAGCUCAACAACUGCACGGAGAAGAUGUACAUCCAGCAGAUCGUGCAGCGCGUGGCGGAGCAGCUGCCCAUGGCCAAGGACGAGGUGAGGAUGAUCACAGAGGUGCUCUUUGCCUCCCAGCAGUACAUGAGGCAGAGGGACGAUGAGUGCAGCUUCGUCAGCCUGCGGGACGUGGAGCGCUGCAUGGAGGUGUUCAAGUGGUUUUACAGGCACAGCCACGUGCUGCUGAGGGAGCUGGAGAAGUACCUGGCCGAGAGGAAAGCUCCCAAGGGCGGCAGUGACAGAAACGGUGUCAUCUGGUCCUUGGUGCUGGCGGUCGGGGUCUGCUACCACGCGUCCCUGGAAAGGAAGGAGCCAUACAGGACUGCCAUCAGCCAGGUCCUCCCAAAGCCUUAUGAUACCCAGAAAAAGAUUUUGGAAGAAAUCACCCUGAUGCAGGACUUAUUCCUGAGUGGAGUGCCACUCCGGGAUACCAUAGCAAGGAACUUGGCCUUGAAGGAAAAUGUCUUCAUGAUGGUCAUCUGUAUUGAGCUGAAGAUCCCUCUUUUUCUGGUCGGGAAGCCUGGGAGCUCCAAAUCCCUGGCAAAAACCAUUGUGGCUGAUGCUAUGCAGGGCCAAGCAGCUCAUUCUGAUCUGUUCAAGGACCUGAAGCAGAUCCAUCUCGUGUCUUUUCAGUGCAGCCCUCUCUCCACUCCAGAGGGAAUCAUAGGCACUUUCAAGCACUGUGCUCGAUUCCAGGAAGGGAAGAACUUGGAGGAGUAUGUAUCAGUGGUGGUUUUGGAUGAGAUUGGGCUGGCAGAAGACUCUCCCAAAAUGCCCUUGAAGACUUUGCAUCCACUUCUGGAGGAUGGCUGCAUAGACGAUGUCCCUCUUCCUCACAAAAAGGUUGGCUUCAUUGGGAUUUCCAACUGGGCUUUGGACCCUGCUAAGAUGAAUAGAGGCAUCUUUGUGUCUCGUGGGGACCCCAGCAGAGAGGAGCUCAUCGAGAGCGCAAAGGGCAUUUGCUGCUCGGCACGAGGGGCUCUGCAGAAGGUCGAGCAGUAUUUCCAUCACUUUGCAGAUGCAUAUGAAAACAUUUGCAAGGCCCAAGACAGGGAGUUCUUUGGCCUGCGUGACUACUACAGCCUCAUAAAGAUGUUUUUUGCCUUAGCUAAGAGCUCCAAAAGCGAGCCCACACCUCAGGACAUCGCCGAGUGCAGCUCUGCUGUGGGGCACUGCAGCAGGCUGGCACCCUGUGAGCACAGGUGUGCUGCAUUGCUGCCCCUCUCUCUCCAGGUCACCACCUUCUCACGGCUGCUCACCAGUGCUGACGCUGCCUGCCUGGAGAGAGAGGUGCAGGGCAAGGCCCAGAGGCCCCAGAUCCUGUUCCUGCAGCAGUUUGACACAGAGUACUCCUUCCUGAAGGGCAUCCGGGAUUUCCUGGAUUCCACUUCAGGAAAUAAAGUCCUCAUUAUUCAGACAGACUUUGAAGAUGGCUCUCAGAAUGCCCAGCUCAUUGCCUCAGCCAAGUACACUGUUGUCAAUGAGAUCAACAAGGUGGACCUGGGGGAGGUCUCUGUCUUUGUUUACUUUAUCAUGAAGCUUUCCCGGCUGGAAGGAGGAACAUCCUACGUGGGAUUCCAUGGAGGGCUGUGGCAGUCGGUGCACAUCGACGACCUCCGCAGGUCCAAGGACAUGAUCUCUGACUUGACAGCCCUGCAGAACCUCACCAUCAGCCAGGUGUUCUCUCAGGAUCCAGGUGCAACCAGAGCUGCAGCUCUGCCUGCCAGUGGAGAAGCUCAGCAGGAGGAGAUGAUGGAGGUUGAAACAUCAGUGCCAGGAGCAGAGCACCAGGAGGGGGAGAUCCUGGACACCACGGUGCUGCUGAGGAGCUGUGUGCAGAGUGCUGUGGGCAUGCUGCGGGACCAGAACGACCUGAGCCGGAGCAGGAGGAGAAUUGAGAUUCUGCUUGGCCUCCUCUCCAAAGAGGAUGAGCUGAAAGCCUCUUUCCUGAACAUAACCAAGGCUCGACUCUCCAGCCUGUUGAAGAAGCAAGAAGAAAAUUCCCUUCACCCAAAAAACUGGGUGCUUCGGGAGGCUUCCAACCUCAGUGCUCUGCAGGAGGCAGGUACCUUCAGGCACACCCUGUGGAAGCGAGUGCAGAAGGUGGUCACUCCCUUCCUGGCUCUCCUGGUCGCUAUCAUAGACAGGAAUGGCAAUCUGGAGCUGCUGGCCAGGCCAGGAGCAAAGUGGGUGACAAAGCUGUGGAUGUUCAUCUUCAGCGACUCCAAAUUCCUGAGUGUCCCUCCUGGUGUGGGGAACAGCCCUCAGCCAGAGAUAAUUGUGGUGCAGAACAACAUGACAGUGUCUGCUGAUGCUGGCAAUGAGAUGCCCUUCAGCUGGAGGAUAAAGGAGUACCUGGAAGAGAUGUGGUUGGAGGCUCAGUACAUCCAAAACACUGAAGGCCAUGCUGAGAAGUUUGUGGAAUACUUCCAGAAAACUGCCCUGGGAAAAUUCAUCUCUACUCUGACUGAGGAAGAAAGGCAGAUGCUCUUCGAGUGCUACAUCACAGACUUUAUUGUCUUGACCAUCGGUGUGUCCUCCCAGGAGGAGCUGCAGUGUCUGCGUGUGGCAUUCAUGUCCUGCAUUGAGGAGUGGAUGGCAGAGUCCCCCUGGAGGAAGGAGCUGGUGCCCUCCCUGCCCUGGGCCCACCUGGCACACAACCAGUUCAAGAGCCGCCUGCAGAACUUCUCCAGGAUCCUGGCUGUGUACCCCCGUGUGACUGGCUACCUCCUGAACCAGCAAGGAUGCAGAAUUCCCUGCUCUGAGAUGGUUCUGGACGUGCUGGCUGCCAUGGUGUGUGCUGAGGAGCUGGAGAAGCUGGUGCAGACAGCCUCCCCUGAGCGCUGGCUGCAGAGAGUGAAGAACCUCCACAUGCCCAUUGAGUUCCUGUGCAAAGAGGAGGGUGCCCAGCGCAGGGGCAGCCGCUGCCAUCAGCUGCUGAGGGAGCUCAUAGGCACCCAGCUCUGCUCACAGCCCUGCUCUUUGCCUGGUGCUGCUCUGGGACAUUGGAGCAGCCUGAAGCUGUUCUGGUGCUGCUUUUCUCAGGCUUUGCAAACCUUUCCAGGUUCUUGCUGGGCUCAAUUACAUACCAAGCAGCAAGAACCACAUUUUUUUCCUCUCAUCUCCUGCAGAUUCUCUCUCUAAAUUUGGCAGAAGCAGCUUUACUCAUUGCUGUUUCUGGAUUCCAGGCAUGGUCUGGAGCCGUGUCCCAUCUGCCUGGGAGAGCCAAAGGACCCCAUCUGCCUGCCCUGCAACCACGUGUUCUGCCACAAGUGCAUCAGCCUGUGGCUGGUGCCAGCACAGAUGUACUGUCCCUACUGCAGGGCAGCUGUGGAGGACGUGGAGUUAACUGUCUCUGAGGAGCUCAGAGCUGCCAUAGCAAAGAACUCCAUGUUCCGCCAGAGGUGCAAUAAUUUCUUCAUUGACAUGGUCACCACCAUGUGCUUCAAGGACAACGAGCCCCCUGAGCCAGAGGUGAUCCAGAGGCUCCUGAACCUGCUGUUUGUUCACAGAAGCCUCGUGAAAGACCCAGAUCACCCUGCUGUCUACACAAAAUUCCUGUCCCCUUUUAAUGAUGAGGUGGAUGAAACUCCCAUCAUCCGCUCUGUGAUGCUGAAGCUGCUCCUGAAGUACAGCUUCAAUGAAGUCAAAGAUGAUGUGCAGCGUUACCUGUCGCAGGUGGAGCACAACGAGCUCCUAGAGAAAAAUGACAAAAAAGAGCUCUACUUGCUUUUUGUCAACUGCUUGGAGGAUUCCAUGUGUGAGAAGUCAGAGGACAGCCUGGGAUAUGGGCACGGAAGCAGUGUGCCCGAGGACAGAGCCUUUCCAGAGAGCUACCUGCCAGCCAGCAGCAGAGAGGCUCCCCAGGAAGCCUCAGUGGAAUACCUGCAGGCCGUGGCCGAGGUGCGCCUGUGCCUGAGCAGGGCUGCAGAGCUCAUCUUCCACCUGCAGCAGCACACACAGCCAGAGCAGAUGAAGGACGAGCAGCGUUACCUGAAGAGUGUGGAGAAGUUCUGCAGGCUCGCCAGGAACGACUGGCACUGCGUGUACCUGGUCAGGAGGAUUGCCAGCCAGCACGGGAUGGAAUUUGCUCAGAAGUUGGUCACAGAGCCACAGUUCAGCUGGGUGUUCCCAGCAGAAAUUCUGCAACAGGUCCAGCACAGCCAGUCCAACCACAUCGACCGGUACCUGGUGUGUGGGGAGCGGUACCGGGCCCUGCGUGACGCCGUGGGACGAGCCAUGAUGGAGGGCACGGCCCAGGGGCUGCUUGAGGCCCAGGAGGCCUCCAGCAGCCCCCCAGCUCUGGAAUCUGCCCACCUGCUCCUGGCCAUCUUCCGAGAGGUCACUGCCCUGUACGGGGAUCCAAACCUUCAUCCCAAGCAGCAGCAAACAGAGGUGAUGACUGAGUUCAUCCAGAGCUGCCAGGUGCUGAAUUCCCCCGAGCUGCAGCACUUUGCAGUUGCCCUGGUGAAGAACACCCUGCCCGGGCUGGCCGUGGAGCCACGGGAGGCUGGAUUUUUGUUGCAUUCCCUUUCUCUGCUGGAGAAGCUGUUGCUCUGGAAUUCAGUGUUCUCCUGUUGCUUUUCCCAGUGUGGGCUCCCCAUGGAGACGAGCCGCUGUCCCGACUGCCACGUCCCCAUUGGAGGCAUCAACCACAAACCCCUGCAGGGCUUCCAUCAGUCCAGUAUUCAGGAGGACAGAACUCAGACUGGCCACAUACUUGGAGGUGUUAAGAACAGAAGAACACUGGGAACAUCUGACAGGGGCGUGUCCCCCAUGGUCUUUGUGCUGCUCCGUUUGCUCACCCACCUGUCCAUGCUGCUGGGAGCCUCCAGAGACCCUCAGUCCCUGGAAAGCAUGAUCAAGCCAGCAGUGGAUGACGUGGUGAGCUUCCUGCAGCAGCACGUUCAGGAGGACUUGGCACAGCUGACCAGGAUUUUGGGGAAGAGUGUGGAUGACACUAUCAACAUCCUGCACCUGGUGCUCAGCAGCCUCCUGCAGGCCCCCCAGCAGCAGCCAGGCCAGUGGCUGGUGCAGUUUGAUGAUGUUCUCUCCACCAAGGAGAAGAGAAACAAAUGGGAAGAAAUUGCAGACAAAAUUAUUGUUCCUGAAUUGAAGGAUUUGGAUAAAAAGCUACUCAAGUUAAACCAACUGAUACAAGAGGAUGAGAGACUCUCUUCCAACCCCAUAGUGAAGAUAGUGUAUGGGGACCCAGCUGCAUUCCUGUCCCAGCUGCCAGGGGACAGCCACGUCCACCACUCCAAGAUGUGGAGCUGCCGCAGGAGGGUUUCCGUGGAGAACCUGGGCCACGUUGUGCAGCAGAAGAAUGCCAAGGACACUGUCCCUCUCCUCUGGAAGUUCCUGCAGAAGGAAAGUGAGCUGAGGCUGGUGAAAUUCCUCCCAGAGAUUCUGGCUCUGCAGAGAGAUUUGGUGAGGCAAUUCCAGAACACAGCAGAGAUUAAACACUGCUCCAUCAGGGAAUUCCUCAGGGAACCCCACUCAGAUGUGAUGAGGGACCUGUUAGAGAGGAGAGUGAAUGUGUUUCUGUCUGUCUGGAACAAACUGAGAAGCUCCCUGGACACCAAUGGGGAAAUCAAGCUGCCUAAAGGCUACUGUGAUGCCGAGCUGAGCCUGGACAGCAGGCUGGAGGUGCUGCUGCCGCGGCGCCGGGGGCUGGGGCUGUGCUCCACGGCGCUGGCCAGUUACCUCAUCGGGCUGCACAACGACCUGGUGCACUCUGUCAACAGGCACACCAAGGAGGAUGACAGGUACCUGGUCAGCCCCUCGGAAGUGGCCGACCUGCACGUGAUCAGUUACGAGGUGGAGAGGGACCUGAUCCCUCUCAUCCUGUCCAACUGCCAGUACAGCAUGGAGAAGGGAGGGGAGACCUUGCAGGACUUUGAUCUGGAGAGGAUCCAGCAACAAGUGAUCAGCAAGUUCCUGCAGGGGAAGCCACUCAUCACGCUGACGGGAAUCCCCACCCUGGUGCACAGACAUGACCGGAACUACGAGCAGCUGUUCAGUGAUGUCAGGAACAAGCUGGAGCAGAGUGCUCUGCCCGGUUCUGUGAUGAACAUGAUCAGUGGGGAGCUGCAGUCCUACAGCGAUGUGUGUGAUGCCCUGUCCCUCACUGAGAUCACCCUGGGCUUCCUGGCCAUGGCUGGUGAGAAUGCUGACAUGCUGCUGACUGAGUACAUUGAGCACGUUCUGCAGAUGGGGGAUCAGACAAACCCUCACGUGCUGCAGGCGCUCAGACGGUGCCAGCUGAGGCACAGCAUGGCCCUGUGGCAGCUCCUGUGUGCCCACAAAUCUGAGCAGCUGCUGCGCCUCGGCAGGGUAUGGCACCCCCAGCCCCUCUGUGUGAGCUCCUGGAGCCCUGAGGGCCGUGGCGCCUCCGCUGCCUUCAGCGCGGCCCGCCUUGGCCCGGGCCGGCUUCUCCCCUUCCCUUUCAAUAAACUCGUUCAGCCCCGCGCGGCUUCCCGGCUCCUUCCGCGCUCGCUGCCGGGCUCCGAGCCGGGACCGCUGCCGCCGGCCCGGAACGGCCGCCGCUGGGAGCGGGAGCAGGCCCGGCUGAGGGCCGGCGUGGUGGAGGAGGACACCGAGGAGUGGCAGAAGGACCCGCAGUUCUCCGGGCUGCAGAGAGUGGGAGGUGUGGAUUUAUCCUACAUCAAGGGGGACGAGAGCCGUGCCUGCGCCUCCCUGGUCGUGCUCAGCUACCCGGCUCUCGAGGUGCUGUACCAGGACUGCCGCAUGGUGCCCGUCACCGCCCCGUACGUGGCCGGCUUCUUGGCCUUCAGGGAGGUCCCUGUCCUGGUGGAAGCUGUGCAGAGACUUCAGCAGGAGGAGCCCCAGCUCCAGCCUCAGGUGCUUCUGGUAGAUGGGAAUGGCCUGCUCCAUCCCAGAGGGUUUGGCACAGCCUGUCACCUCGGGGUCCUGACAGACCUGCCGUGCAUUGGCGUGGCCAAGAACCUCCUGCACGUGGAUGGCUUGGUUAGGGACGAGCUGCACAAGGAGCAGGUCCGUUCCCUGCAGAGGUCAGGAGAGACAUUCCCACUGACAGGCACCUCGGGGAAGGUCCUGGGCAUGGUGCUGCGGAGCCACAGCAACAGCUGCAAGCCCCUGUACGUGUCCGUGGGCCACCGGGUGAGCCUGGGCACGGCCGUGCGCCUGGUCAGGGCCUGCUGCCGCUUCCGCGUCCCGGAGCCCAUCCGCCAGGCUGACAUCAGGUCCAGGGAGUACCUUCGGAAGCAGCCCUGUGCUCCAGUGGAGGUGCUGGAGGCUGUGCCUGCCAGCCCAGAGAGCAAAAAGGAGGAUGAAUUGGAGGAUUAGUCUGUGCCAGAAGAAAGUGCAGAGCUUCUCUUCGCUGGGUUCUCUCCUGCACCAAGGCUGAGUCCUGCUGGAUGCAGGAGCCCAGUGCCACCCUGGGGGACAGCUGUGCCAGGCUGUGUCCCCCAGGCCAGCACCAGCCACUGCUCAGGGAGAAUCCAUGCAGUGAAUUUCUCAGGGUUCAUUUUCAAGUACUGUUAAAACCUUUGUGUGAGCAAAGGCUCACGUGUGAGUGUGCAACACCUCACUGGAGCCCUUGUGCAGCUGCAGGGGCUGAUUUACAGAGGUGCUGAGGCAUUGCCACUGCAGAGCCAGCCUGUGUCUCCCACCACACCUCUGUGGCACAGAGCCCUCCCUUCCCACUGGUUUUGGAGCAGCUUCCCCCUGUCCCUGCAGCUGUGCCAUUCCCCCUGCACGUCCCUGGGGAGCAGCAGCCCCACUGCCCAGCUCUUCUGGAGGAAGGAACAUCUCAGGGGAAAGGAUGGCAGGAAUCAUCUCCCUCCCAGGAGCAUGGGGAGGUCAUUCCUGACACACAGAGUGCUCCAGGAUCCCAGGCUGGAGAUCUGGCCCAGCCCCAGCUUGGCCUGAGGAGCAGAGCCCAGAGCCUCUGUGCCCAAAUCAUCCUCAACCCUCAUCCAGUCUGCAAGACCAAAGCUUCUCCAAGGUGUGGGAUCCUGGCUGAGGUUGGGAGGUGCUUCCUGACUGUUCUGAAGAGCAGCAGGAGCAGAAGGUGCUCUGGAAGAUCCUGGUGUGGCUGUGUAAGAUUCCAGCCUGAAGAGGAAGAAGGAUGUUUUCCUGGGGGUGGGGAGGGGUGCUCAGGUCAGGCUCCUGUGGGCUGUUUAACCUCAAUUUUGCAUACAUUUCUUGUACAACUUUUGUUCUUUUCUGUCUUGGAGCUGCUCUGGGUGGGGAGGACAAAGCCCAGCCUGUUGUGCGUCUGCUGUCUUGGGGUCUGAACCAGGUGGGGAAAGGGAGGCAGUGACAAACCCUGCUCCCCUGGGGCCAUCUGGGCAGGUCUGGGGCUGGUCCUGGCAGCACUGGGGACGGGCACUGGCAGAGCACUUCCCUAAAAAGCCUUUGCUGACAGGUUUUAGAAGCCAAAGCUGCAGCAGCUGCAGCUCCCAGCCCUACACAGGAGCCACCUCUCCCGGGAACCUUCAGAGCUGCUUCACAUGAAGGUUUGUCUGUGGGUGGAAAACCACAAGGAAGCUGCUCCUUUGAUCCUGAGGGCUGCUGCCAGCCCGGGGCAGGGGGAGCACUGGGGCUGGCUGUGGCAGGGGACAGGGGACACAGGGACAGCUGUGUCCUCCUCUCCCUGCACAGCCACAGAACCUCCUCUGCCACGGCCUGUCCCAUCCUGAGGGAGCAGGGUGGGCACAGAGCCACGGCCAGAGGGACCAGUUCAUUCCUCAUUCCAGCCCCACACAAACCAGUGACUUCUCUGGCCAUGGGGACAGUCUCCUAAAGCCUGUCACAAAUUCAGGCAUGGGUGACAGAGUGGGCAGGGGACAGCUCCUUCCUAGAGCUCAAGGGCAGAACACCAGGGAAAUGCAUCUGGGCUUCUGAUUUAGCCUGUGUGGGAGCUCACAGGGUCAUCCCUGGCUGCUUCCAAGUUCUGGGUGACACCACUCCCACUGCAGAUCCCCCCUGGGUGUGCUCAGCUGUGGGAGCAGCUCCUCCAGGAUGGCCCUGCAGAACCUUCAGUGUGGGGACUGGCUUCUCCUGCCCUGCUGAGUGCCUGGUUUCAUCUCAUUUUUAACGUCUCUGGUUUUAAUCCCUCAUAUAUUGGUGACUUUUUUGUGCUUCUGAUUGGUACCUGACAAUGGGAGAUUUGGGGUGGGCUGGUCAGGGGAGGCUCUGCAGCCACAGCUGUGAUUUGGGUGGGAGCUCAAGGAACUGAGCCCAGCUCGGACAGGAACGUGAGGCUGUGGCUGCUCAGGGUCUGUCCCUGGGUGCUCCUGCUGGGAUCUGGGUGUUUUGAUCCAUGGAGGGUCCGUGUGCUCAGCCUGUGAGGGAUCCAGGGCUGGGGACACUGCAGGGGACACUGCUGUCCUCAGCUGCCCUGAGCCCUCGCAGCUGCCUCUGCCCUGGGGGUGAGGGGAAAUCAGGUGAAAAAAAAAAGGCAAAAAACCAUAAAAACCAGCUCUGCAUCAGUGUCCUGGCUUCCCUCUGCGUGAGGCUCUGAACUCCUCUCCUUCCCAGCCCAGGUGAACUCAGCUGACUCUGGGUGGAGUCGCGUGGGAGGCUUUGGGAGGGGGAUGGUGCUGCAGGGUCCUGGCAGCCCUGCAGAGCCAGGGGCUCUGGCUGUGCCUUUGGGCUUUGCCUGGGCCCUGGGAUGCUCUCCCAGCUGCCCAAACGUGGCAGUUUAGUCCUUCCUAAAGGAAGGGACUAAUCUCUGUGUUUGGUGCCUGCUUGUGGCUCUUUGGACACAAUAAGGGAUUAACUUGGUCUUUAUCUAAUUGGUUUAUAACCCUGGGAAGGGAAAAUCGCUUUGUAAUGCUUGAAACCUCUUAACAGAAGCUCAGAGAGUGGAGCUUGAGUGUCCUUCGAAAUAAACUCAUACAUGGCUUGUCUUUUUUAA